AUGUCGUGUCAGGCCGAGCCAUGUCAGCUUUUGAUGAUGGAAGAAGGCCAGAUAAUUGCCAGUGCUAUUAAAAAUCCUAAUAAAGAAGAGACAAGAAGAAAGAAGAAAAGAUUAACUUUCCUAGAUGAAGUACAUGCUACUAGACCUGAUGAGCAGGCAAGAUUAAAAGAAUUAAGAAAACUAUUUGCCACCAAAGGCACAAACUUUCUUACUUUUGGCUUAAAUUUGGUUAAGAGAUCCUACCAGCAAGCUUUAGAUAUAGCAGGAGUAACUUUCAACAGCCGGAAAGGAAAAUUGGUCCUAGCUGAUGGAAGAGGAUUGUCCACCUUAGAUUUGUUUUCUUCAAAUUCUGCUGCUAAAAGAGAGAUGAUUUUCCCAAGGUAUCAGUUCAACCUGGUGAGAAUAGUCACAUACUCUGAGAAAUACAAUGUUUACUUUAUUCUGGCAAGAGAUUAUACAAUUAAGGUAUACAAUAAGAACUAUAAUGAGAUUUGCUCAGUAGAAAAUCGAGAUUCACGACGGUUAACAUUUAUAUCAUUUAACCCAGUGACAGAUGAGGUCAUCAGUGGAGGAACCAAAGGCGUACAGCUUUGGAAGUUUAAAGAGAAGAAAGUUCAGGAUUAUUCUAAUGUCAUACACAUGAUGAAUUACAGCCUUUUUCUCAGUGCAGAAUAUCCAUACAUGGGGAGAAAAUGGUGCACAAGUAUGGAAUUUGAUGUCAAUAUGCAAAGAUUCUACUGCUUUUCUGACUGCCACUUCUUCUGCUACGACAUCCGUGGGAAUUUGCUAUUUGAGAUACCAAAUGCACACCAGACUGCAGUUGUCUCUUGUGUCUACUCAUCACAUGCUAACAUUUUGCUUACUGCCUGCAGAGGCAUUGAAAUAAAAUCAUGGAAUGACCAAGCCUGCUUGGUGCAUGUGUUUCAAGGUCAUACCAAAGCAGUUACAAAGCUUCUUCUUCAUCCAACCAAUACUUCUUUAUUUAUCUCUGGAUCUCUAGAUGGAUCAAUCAAACUCUGGUCAUUUGAUUCAAUGCAGCUUUUUUACAGUUUAUCAAUAUUCCAAGAAGGAAUACUUUGGAUUGGCACCCUACAUGAUAGUUUGCUCUACUGCUCUAGUGUCCGGAGCCUUCAUUUGUAUGAUCUGAACUCAUUCACCAGUUUUUGGGCUCAUAUCAAUGGUCGGAUAAGUAAUCUCCGCGUCUGUACAGCUGGUGGGAAGUCCAGCAGGGUAAUUGCUGUGGGUGUUGACAACAGCUUAUCCUCACCUUUGUGCUACUCAACAGAUGAAGGACCGGUGUAUGCAGAUAAUCAGGAAUUUCUGGUUCUUGGUAUGCAGGAACAGAGCGGGGAAACCGGCACAGGAGCCGAGUGGACCUGGAAACUGCGGCACACCUCUCAGCAGGCACAAGAGACACAGAAUCCUGACCUCUCUGGGGAUGACACCAAAACAAACUUGCUUCAGUGGCUUAAGAAAGAGAUACUAAAAGAACUGGGGCAGGACCUCUUGCAGCAGCUGAGCUCUUCUGCUUCUUCAGCCCUGCGGAAGAGACAAGAAAGAAGGAAAAGAGACAGAGACCCCAGUCCUAGUGACCUCUUUGAAAGGCAACCUAAGCGCAGACUUAGCCUGGGUUUAGACUUGCCCUUGCUUAGUUCGGCAGAGGAGUCUGAGUGUUCUGACCAGCCUUCUGAUAGGGAGAAAGGGGAACUCUCAGAAGAGGAGUCCAAUCCAAGUUUUUUCCCUCGAAUACUAUUCUAG